UUGAAAACAAUCUUAUUUCCUUUCAAGUAAAAUACUACGUAUUAUUAAUAGGUUAUACGAUAAAAGUUAACUGUCAUAAUAAAAAGUGAAUUGAAUAUUUGAUAAAAAUUAAUAGAACCUUUAUUACUUAAUACUUCAUAAUAAUUCAAAUAUAAUAAUAAUGGAUGUAUUAAAACCAGAGCUAAUAUGGGUGGAUGGAAGGUGUUACAGAUUUUUUGAAAGUGAAGCUUGGAUAAAUAAAAACAAUAUGGAUUCAUAUGUAGAGGAAGAUUAUCAGGCAGAUUAUACAGAUGAAGAAUCUUCUGAUGCUAAUAUUGAAAUAGUACCACAUGGAGAAGCAAAAUUAAAGCAUUCAUUCCAUGUUGCAAAGCCAUUUUUUCCAUUUAUUAUUGGUUCCAAAAAUGCAGUACGUAAGAGAAUAGAAAUUGAAACCAAAACAAGCAUACAACUUCCCAAACCAGAACAAGAUGGAGACAUAGUUAUAAUUGGAUCAGAUCGUAGAGGCAUAUUAUCAGCUCGACAUCGAAUUGAUUUAAUUAUAGAAGUAUCUAGGAAAAAAUUAAGCUACACACAUUUCUUGUCUAUACCAUUAAAUGUAGAUGAGAUUAUUAAAAACUUCAAUUCAUUUAAAAGUGAUGUAAUUCAAAAAUUUGGAGGAGUUGUUACAGGCAUAGAUGAAAUUCUUUUCCAAAAACCAAGUAAAUUACAUCUUACCAUAGGAAUGCUUACUUUAUUAGAUGAAGAAGAAAGAAAGCAAGCAGUACAAAUAUUUAUGGAUUGCAAACAACAUAUUAUUGACCCUUUCAUUAAGAAACAUGGUUUAUUUACUAUAGUAAUAAAAGGUGUUCAAUCUAUGAAUGAUAAUCCAGAUGCCGUUAAAAUUCUUUAUGGAACAGUAUUUACAGAAAAUGAUGUAUUGCAAGAAUUGUCUAAUCAAAUAGUAGAUUAUUUUGCAGAAAAGGACUUAAUGCCAAACAGAACAAACGAUGUUAAAUUACACACUACUUUCAUGAAUAUAGCCUAUAGAAAGAAAGAUAACGAAGUAACAAUAACAGAUAAAAAUAUUAACAAAAAAUUUGAUGCUACACAAAUUUUAAAUGAAUAUAAAGAUACAUUAUUUGGUAAAACAGAUUUAAAAGAAAUUCACUUGUCCCAACUUAAAACUGCUACUGAAACAAAUUAUUAUCAAGCAACAGCUAAAAUUACAUUGGGUGAGGAACAAUCAUAAUAAAAAAGUAAAUUUAAAGUUUAUUUUUUCGUACAUUGAUUUGCAUAACACAUGUAAAUGUUUUCUAUCAUAAUUUGUACCAAUAACUAAAUAAUAUUUCAGCGAAAGUAUA